AUGGCAUCUGCCACCACAUGUGCGCAUCCUACGGCAAACACUGCAUCCGCCCAGGCGCUCCUCCCCUCAUCUGGCUCGGGUCGAGGCCCACGCGGCGAGCGGGGGCUGUUCCAGCCGGCGGAGCCUCCGUUUGCAGCCGCCUCCCCAGCUCCUUCCUUAAGCCCGGCCACUGCCGCCCCUUCCCCUAGCCGGCCGCGCCGGCUGUGCCCAACACCGUCGGCCGCGCCCCGUCCCUGCCGGCCGCGCUCCGUCGCCCGCCGGCCGCACCCCGUCGCCCGUGCCCCGUCCCUGCCGGCCGCGCCCAGCCUCGCCGGCCACGCCCCGUCGCCUCCGCCGUCCCCGCCUUGCUCUAUUGCCAGCCGCGCCGGCCGAGCCGUGCCCCUUUGCCUGCCGCGCCGGGAGGAUUCCGGCGGCCAGGCUGAGGUCAUGGGAGGCCACGGCGAUGUCGACCUCGUCCAAUUCGAACCGGCGGCGAUCGAUUGCGGCGUCUAG